CGCGGACCGUCUCAGAUCCUGACCGCGUCGUUGCCGAGUCCACCUGACCGACUGACUGCAGCUCAGCCAGCUGACAGACCCGAGAGCCUUCCGUGCAGCUUCUCCACGGUACACAUCAUCACCCUCUCCUCUGGACCGGCUUCUGUCGCCAUGCCGCCGGCCGCCUGCUCGGUCGGGUACCAACUCCGCGUCACCGUGUCCGCGGUGCUGUGGAUCGGGCUGCUGUGGAGCCGCGUCUCAGCAGGAGAUAAAGAAAGCCCCACAGCCUCACCCUCUACCCAGUCUCCAGUGGUGACACCAGAGAGCACAAAGGAAAGCAGCCCCAAAGGCAAAAGCUCCAGCGCAUUGGCUGGAGGUUUGCUACAGUCAGUGCUGACUCAAAAAGGACAACUUCUCUCCCAGAAAGGGGAGAUACUCCCCUCUACUCUGCCCCACAACCUGCUCCCUCUUCUGGGCAGAGGACUCAGCAUCAGCUCCCUCCCUGGAAGUCAUUCCCUGGAGCAUCAAAGCGGGGGAUUACUGAGGAGGGUAAAACCCCCAGCAUCGGCUGCAGUGUCAGGCCGAGGCAGCGAUCCAACUGAGCCUCUUCCUACACACACACACUCCCAGCUGCCUCACACUCAGACACACACCCCUGAGCAGGAGGCUGAGCUCACCACUGUGGGCACGAUGCUGGACAUGGACACAGACACAGGAACACCUUCAUCAGCUUUGUCGAGCUGCAUGGUGAAUUUCUCAGACCCGGAGGGAUACAUCGACUCCUCUGAUGACCCCCCUCUGCCGGACGGCGCCUUCUUGCACUGCACCUACACAGUGACCGUGUACACCGGCUACGGAGUGGAGCUGCAGGUGAAGAGCGUGAACCUCUCGGAGGGUGAGCAGCUGUCCAUCAGGGGCGCAGAUGAACGAGGUGCCCAGAUGGUCCUGGCCAAUCAGACGCUGCUGGUUGAAGGUCAGGUGAUCCGCAGUCCCACCAACACUCUGUCCGUCUACUACCGCUCUACACCGGAGGGAAGCAUGGGCAUCUUCCAGCUGCACUAUCAGAUCUUCAGGCUCAGCUGUUCACUGCCAAAGAGGCCUCACUUUGGGGAGGUGUCCGUGCUGGACCUGCUCCCCGGAGGAACCGCCCGCUUUCACUGCCACAUGGGUUACCACCUGCAGGGGGAGCCGCUGCUCACCUGCCUCAACGCCUCCCUGCCGGUGUGGAGCGGGAAGGUGCCCAGCUGCAGAGCUCUUUGUGGGGGCACAGUGAAGAACGCUACCGUGGGGAGGGUGCUGUCCCCUUCUCCCCACCACGGGCCUAAUGCCACCCAGGACCGCUCCUGUUCCUGGUCCCUGGAGGCACCCAAGGACCAGAGGCUGCACCUCCACCUGGAGAGACUGGCCUUGGGACCCACUGACAGGCUGGUGUUGUGGAGCGGGCUGGACGCUGGCUCCGUGGUGCUGUUCGACUCGGGCCGGGGCGGCCAGAUACCUUUUGAGGGAGUGAUCAGUGAAGGUCCAGCUGUAAGGAUCCAGUUCAUCACUGAUCAGCCCAACCACAACAUGGGAUUCAACAUCCGCUAUGAAGCUUUCGAGCGUGGCCACUGCUACGAGCCAUACCUCCAGAAUGGGAACUUCACAACCUCCGACCCGUUGUACGGGGUUGGAGCUGUGAUUCAGUUCAGUUGUGACCCGGGCCACUCUCUAGAACAAGGCCCCCCGGUUAUCGAGUGCAUCAGUGCGAGGGAUCCAUACUGGAACGACACAGAGCCGCUAUGCAAAGCGCAGUGUGGAGGCGACCUGACUGGUCCAGGUGGGGUGAUUCUGUCUCCAAACUGGCCAGAGUGGUACGGAGAGGGAGAGGACUGCAGCUGGACGAUACAUGUCGGGGAGGACAAGCGGGUGCUGCUUGAUGUACAACUACUGAACAUCAGCGACAGUGACAUGCUGACCAUCACUGACGGCGAUGAAGUCACGACUCGUAUCCUGGGGCGGUACGUCGGAGGAAGCAGCCCCUUCAAGCUCGCCUCCACCACCCCUGACCUCACUGUCACCUUCCACUCCGAUCCAGCGGGGCUCAUCUUUGGCAAGGGCGAGGGCUUCAUCAUCAACUAUAUGGAGGUGUCCCGAAAUGACUCCUGUCCAGACCUGCCUGAGAUCCAGAACGGCUGGAAGACGACAUCCCACAUUGCACUGGUGCGGGGGGCUCGUAUCACCUACCAGUGUGACCCUGGUUAUGACCUGGUGGGACGAGAGACCCUCACCUGUCAGUUAGACCUCUCCUGGAGCUCACAGCCCCCGUUCUGUGAAAAGAUCAUGUACUGUUCAGACCCUGGCCAUGUGGAGCACUCCACCAGGUCUCUGUCGGACCCUAAACUCUUGGUGGGGACAACCAUUCAGUACAGCUGCAACCCCGGCUUCAUCCUGCAGGGUGGCGCCACCAUUACCUGCUACGGCCGCGAGCCAGGGACCCCUGUGUGGACGUCUCGACUCCCUCACUGUGUUUCUGAGGAUUCUGUUUCCUGUGAAAACCCCGGUCUCCCUGACAACGGCUACCAGAUCCUGUCCAAGAGGCUUUACCUGCCCGGCGAGUCACUGACCUUUGUCUGUUACCAAGGUUACGAGCUCAUUGGAGAGGUUGCGAUUAAAUGCAUCCUAGGAAACCCGUCGUUUUGGAGCGGCCCGCUUCCACUCUGCAGGGUUGCAGAGGCGACUGCAGGCUCCACCCUGGAUGGAGGGAACAUAGCGCUGGCCAUCUUCAUCCUCGUUUUUCUGCUGUCUGUGCUGCUCGGAGGCGCUUAUGUCUACGUCACACGGUGCCGAUAUCACUCCAACUUAAGGCUUCCUCUUAUCUACCCCCACCCUUAUCGACAGAUCACUGUGGAGACAGAGUUUGACAACCCGCUCUAUGAGACAGGAGGGGACACUCGUGAAUAUGAAGUAUCGAUAUGAGAAGACAUUUGUGAACCAAGACCGACCGCCCCGUCCUAACUCUUCAUCCUCUCCUCCCUCCUUCUCCGCCCAGGAGGAGGCGAUGUAAAUACAAAUAGAUGAUGUCCAGCCCCUUCUGCCAUGAGACGCAGUGAUUGAUCCUGUUCUCUCCUCCUUUGAUGUGACAGCUUCUGAAGACAUGGUGGGAAAUAGGAGAGGAUACGUGGAGAGGAGAUAGACGAGUCAGUGUGUGGAUCAGUGUCGCCGGGAGAUAAAGGGAGAUGGAGGACGGAGGGGGAAAGAGCCAAAGAUCAUCUAAGAACAUCAAACAUGGUGAGAAACGAGGAGAUGUUGGGUGUGAAGUGUGAAAACAGAAGUUAAGGAGGGGAGAAGGGGAAGGAGUAGGGGACAGGACACAGCAAGAGGAAUGAGGGGAUUGAAGCACUUUUUAGUAUUUUUGCCAAAAAACUCUCAAUUGUAAGCAUUUUAGUGAAAGAAUCCUGGAAUGUGUCUCCGAAAGAGAGAGAGUUAAAGUUAUAAUCCUUAAGAUUUUCAUGAAAUCCAACUCAACUUUUGAUACUAUUUAUUGUAGGAUUUUUUUCUGCAAUGUAUUUACAUUCAGUCAUUCCCUCUCUAUAAAGUAGUGUUUAGUGUUAGUGGCAGAGUCCGCCAUUCCUGUGCUGGAUUCAAACUGUCUUCACACGAGGGAUUAACAGGGAACGAGGCAGCAUGUAAGCCAGCGUUACUAUUUUUAAUUUUUAUCUCAUUUAAAUCAGCCUCACUGUUUACUGUUCACUCAGAGCUGGAUUAAGUUACUGCUAAUGAUAACCCAACAUUUCCUACUGCUGCUACAUUAAAAGACGUAAACUGGCGAAACAUGAGGCGGCUUUUACUGUGAAGCGCUCACAGGAAACACAAUGUAUUAGUGACCGAGGUUAAUGCUGACCGCGAUCGUUCAUCAAAAAUGUGUCAACAAAAGACUACAGUCAUUUUGGGCAUUUUCUUUUUCAGUUUUAAAUAUUUUAGGGAGUGAUGGAGGAGUCAGCAGCCAACGUUACCCUGUCUUGCUGAUGUGUGGAAAAUUCCUCGCGCUGUGCACAGCAUCAAAUCACGUGGCAUUCACCCAUAGCAUGAUGGAAAAUUAGAGGCAGAUUAUUAACUGAUUUCUUUAUUAAAAGAACAUUUACAUUUGUUUGGCUGCACUGUAAUCUGAUACAUCAGAAUUGCUGCCCCUAUAAUUCUGGGAUGUGUAGUAUUAAGGUGUAUUCAGACAAAGAGUAUAUCAAAUUUUCACCUCUUUGACCGCUGGACUGUUUGUGUUUAUCCGCCCCAAACAGCCAAUGUAGCAACUGUACGUUAGCUGUAAGCUAGCUAGCAACAGACUAACCAAUCGUGAGUGUGUUUGUGUUCAGCCUCUGACUGAACUCAGGACAGCAGAUUCAUAUAGCCCGGGGAUGGCAUGCUAACUAGUGUUUCUCCCGCUCGGCCCAUAGACUUUACAUUGCGAUCACGUCAUCGCUUUUCUAGGCUUUGGGAAAGUUUAAAUAUAUAAAACCUCCAUGGAUUCAGUGAUAGAAAGAGUAAUAACUGGCCUUGUUUCAGUUGGAGGUGUCCUGUCAACAGUUUUACAGAUGUGUCAUUAAAUAAUGGAGCUCUAUGGGGGCGGCAAGGGAUUUUUUUUGUUGCAAUAUAGCGAGUGGCCACUGGGACAAAUUUGCAGCAAGGCUGAGCCGUAUCAGAUCUAUUAAAACAUCCGUGGUCUGAACACACAGUCAAACCGCACUUUCUGUUACCACGGUAACCACAGGUGUCGCCAAAUCAAGCAGGACUGAAAUCUUAAGGAUUACAACUUGGAAGAGUCUUGGGGAUAAAUUGGUAGGUAGAAUGGUGGAUUUUUUUGUUUUUAUUUCCAUCCACACUCAAGAGUCACCAUCUCUUGCCACAAAACGAUAAUAACAGGAAGGAAAUAAUGGUCAGUGGUUUCCUUUUUUCCCUUUCCUAGUUAGUCCAGGAUGUCAGCUGUCUCCUGUCCCCAAACUCCCUCCUGCCAGCAAUCACCUUCAAGGCUUUUUAGUCCAGCCGGUCCAGUUCUGGCUUUAGCUGUAGUUAAGUGGUAUUUGAAUCCUUGAUUUUAGGGCCAGUGCAGUACCGAUGUCUUAUUUCUCACAUGUAGUUAGAUUGAUGACUGUCGUAGACUGGCCCCAGAGUCCCCAGGCCUGGACCAGCUGAUGAUUAAAAAGGAAAAUGAAAACCAUGCAUUGUUGCAGAUGUGGAGGUUGCAAUGUGAAUAGCGUAGCUGUAGUUAACUGACCGAUCUUCGAGUGCAAGCUCAAUCAACCCACCAGAUGAUGUAUUUAUUUUGAUGUACUGUAUAUGUGAUGUUUUAUGCAGAUUGAUAAAUGUACAUUUUCAUUAUGAGAUAACAAAUGUUAACAGUUUCCCUAAAUAAAUGGUAAAACUUGAAUAAAAAGUACAAAAUACUUUCUAAAUA